CGAUGUUUUGCAGCAGUGUUUGUGGUAUUAAACUCAGGCGGUUCUCUGGCGGGUUGAAGGUGUAAUAAUUGAUGAAGUUUCCAUAAGGAGCAGCUCCAGGAUCUUCGCUGUCCUCUUCAUUCACAUGGGAAACAUCCGUCAUGCUCAGCGGGAAGCGCAUCGCUGAUGUGGGUUAUAAGCUCUUCUCUGGCUCCAUGAUGCUGCUGACGCUGUACGGCGGAUACCUGUGCGUCCUGAGGGCGCAGCGAUUCAUGCAGAGGCAGAAACAGCUGGAAGCACAGAAUGAGAGCACGGCUUCAGAAACCAUUAAAGACUAAAGACACAGGCUGUAAAUAAUCACUUAACCGGACACUGAUCAUGUCACAUGUAUGGGACAGUGUGAAGACCAGCAGAACCCCACCUGCGUUCAUGACCCCUGAAGGGUUUAUUUGCCUUUUUGAGGAGUUCAGUGAGAUUUUGUGUGUUGCAAUAUAUUAAAUGCUCCUUGUUAAAUCUGCUGUCAUGAGUGUUUGUGCAUGUCCUGUGGAUCUGCAGGGUUGUGAAAAUGCUUUUAAAGAUAACGAAACAUUUUAGAGCUGAAUAGAAAUGUAAAAGAUUAUAUGCCAGUGUUUUCAUCGUUAACCCUAAAAAUAAAUAUAUUUAAUUUG